GUCCUGCGUUGGCAUUCGGCAAGUGAGAGCGGAGCGCGUUCGGUUGAGCUCUGCGCCCGUGCGUAAUUGGAGCAAAGCAAGUCGGCGACACCUGAUUUGGAGAUUAUCAGAGAGGAAAUAGUGUUGUUUUGUUUUAACUCGGCGUUUCAACAUGGCUGUGACUGAAGCGGGAUGCGACCUCACGUACUGCAAAAUGAGGGGAAUUGUUUCUGUUCUCACCGCUUUCAUCAAGGAGAGAAAAAUGGGGUUGAAUGAUUUCAUCCAGAAGCUUGUGUCGACCCCUCACAUCUGCCAACAUGUUGCAGUCAACAACUUCCUGAAGAUUGAUGAGAAUCAGAAUGAGGAGGUUGAAAAUGAUCUCGCUGAAAGAAGGAAGUUCGUUAAUUCGCAAAGUUCACUUGCUGAGGACACUCAGAUCAAACCCUGUGAUUUCGACUACCUCAAAAUCAUCGGCAGAGGCAGCUUUGGAAAGGUUCUGCUCGCACGACACAAGGAGUCCACUAAAUAUUACGCUGUCAAAGUGCUGCAGAAGAAAAUUAUCCUGAAGAAGAAAGAGCAAAAGCAUAUCAUGGCUGAACGCAGCGUGCUCAUGAAGAACAUCAAGCAUCCCUUCCUAGUGGGACUGCACUACUCCUUCCAAACUACUGAUAAACUUUACUUUGUACUUGACUACGUUAAUGGUGGAGAGCUCUUCUACCAUCUGCAGAGAGAAAGGAUCUUCUUGGAACCCCGUGCCAGAUUUUACACUGCUGAAAUUGCAAGUGCACUCGGCUACCUCCACUCCCUGCAUAUUGUGUACAGGGACCUUAAGCCUGAGAACAUCCUGUUAGACUCCCAAGGCCACAUUGUCCUAACAGACUUUGGUCUCUGCAAAGAAGAUCUUGAACCUAAUGGCACAACAACAACUUUCUGUGGGACGCCUGAGUAUUUGGCUCCGGAGGUUCUCCAGAAGCAGGCCUAUGACCGUACAGUGGACUGGUGGUGUUUGGGAUCUGUGCUCUAUGAAAUGCUAUAUGGACUUCCUCCCUUCUACAGUCGCAACACAGCUGAGAUGUACAACAACAUCCUGCACAAGGUUCCUAUACUCAAACCCAACGUGUCAAACUCGGGAAGGGAGCUGCUUGAGGGUUUGCUGCAGAAGGAUCGUACCAAGAGACUGGGGGUGAAGGAUGAUUUUCUCGAACUGAAGUACCAUUCCUUCUUCUCGCCAAUCAACUGGGACGACCUGAUGGCCAAGAAGAUCACUCCGCCCUUCAUCCCCUCUGUGAGUGGUCCCACAGACCUACGCCACUUUGACCCAGAGUUCACCCACUUGCCUGUGUCCUCCUCCCUGAGCAACGACACCUUCAGUGUGACCAGCAGUAUCAAAGAAGCAGCGGGGGCAUUCCCUGGAUUUUCCUAUGGGCCUCCAGCAGACCAUUCCUUUUUGUGAAUACCAGUAUCAUUAACUGAUAUUCUCUCCCAGUAACCACAAGCUCUGGAUUGAGUUUUGUUUUGACAGCGGGACCACAUAGGAGCCGCUUGUCCAUACGGGACCUACUGAGGGUCGAAUCUUGAAGGAUCUUUUUACAUGACUCAUGUACUGAGAUGGAUUCAUGUUACAACAUCAUCGGCCCUACACUUCUGCCUCUAUCAUCUAAAACAAUAAUAAAAAAAACUCUAAGUGUGCCAAGUACUGAAGCACUCCGGGAUCUUACAACAUCACCCACUGGUGACUGGACCUCACUGCUCCGAAGAGAAGUGCCUGAAGUUUAUUGGGACGGCGCCUGCAAGAGUCAACUUUUUCCAGUACGAUUCCACUCGACUUUUGACAGGGGCACACUGGCCGUUCAGGGUGAUGCCUUCAUUCCAUGUUUGCAUACACUAGAUGUUCGAACUAAAAUGGUCUCCAAGUUCAUUAUGCAACUUAAUUUCAUGUUAAUGCUCUAUUGCACGAAUGGAAACAUGGGUCCAGAAUAAAGACGAGUCAUAUCAUAUCUGUAUUCUCCUAAUUCAUAUCUUUACUUUGGACCAAAUUUAACAUGCUCAUUAACUGAAAUCUAAAUCUUCUAAAUAUUUACAUUUUAAAUUGUAUUUCUUUUCAUAAAAACAAGAGAUUCAUUGUUUACCCUUUGUAAUAUGCAUUUUAUAUAUAAGUUAAUGUUGCCCAUUGUGUGUCUGUGUGUGUAUAUAUAUAUAUAUAUAUAUAUAUAUAGACUUAGUGAAACCUAUAUUUAUUGAAUGGCAAUAUAUCCCCCUAAAGCCUUCAUUUACAAGGAAUCCAUAUGUCUAUAUUAUUGAUCUGGAACGUGUGAUUCAACCAGCAAUAACAGGUUUGAACAAUGUUUAUCAAUCAUUUUCACAAUUAGAAUGUUUUACAGAAAACAUGCCAUACAAACUAUAUUAAAGAUGUCAUUGUAUUUAUACAUCGUGUCGAGAGGACCUGUGAAUGUUUUGUGCCUGUCCAUGUAUACUGUGUGUACAGUACAUAUCUCUUUUCCAUUACCUGUUGUUCCCUCCCAUAGAGAUCUUGAUUUAUAUAUGUGCUUCAUUAACUUGACUGAGGACAAAAGGAUGGAGCAGGCUUCAGCAUUAGCCACAAACCCUCUGCUUAAUAGGCUUUCUUAAAUCGUGCAAUAAAAUCGCACUGGCUUUAAUGGAGGAAUUAUCGAUGGAUCUUGCAACAGAAUGGGACUAGUAAUGUAUGAAGUUGUGUUACAUUAUUGAAAAUGGAUGAUUUAUUGCUCGUACAUAUAUUAAAAAACUGAUACAUGUAAGAGGUGCAUUUUAAAGACUGUUGAAAAAAGCACUGCACAGUACAUCAUUUUCUUCCAUAUUUGGAAGUUGCAAUUUUUUCUUUUGUAUUUCAGUGUGUAUUUAUUUUCCUGCCAUUGUUACUAGAUUAAGAAAGUAAUUUACAUGAUCUACUCAAUUAUUGAAAAUUAAUGUCAGAAAUUCCAAAUAAAAUCUCUUACCUGAAAACCAA